GACUGCCGCUGACCUGGUGCGACUGAGCCGCGACCGCCGCUGACCUGGUCCGACUGAUCCCCGACGGCCGCUGACCUGGGCCGGCCCGAGCUGCAGCGCCACUGACUGCGGCCCCACUGAGCCGUGACGGCCAGCGAGUGUACCCGCCGCCCGGCCACCAGUGCAGGGAGAGACAAACGCAAACGAAAGUGACGUUCGCUGGAUGGAUGGAGCUUUGCAUCUCUGUGGGAUCUCCCCCCUUCUCACGAUGUGUUUACCGUCUAUCCACUAAUAUGGGUCGAUAAACACACGCACGCAGCACGCACGCACCGCACGCACGCCCGCACGCACAUACAUAAUGUGUGGGUGCGUGUGUGUGUGUUUGUUUUGUUCAAAAAUUACCUUUUCCAUGAUCUUCAUCCACACCAAGUAAGAAGAGCGAAAAAGUUCCAAAUAGUCAUCCCUGCUACCGCCUUGCUCAAACUCCAAAUUUACCUCCAAUCCAUCCAACGAACUGACCAUACGAUUACCGUUGGCCGGAACUUCGAUCAUUGUGGUGAUUGCAGCUCAUCCAUUAGGUGAUAUGCCUCCAUGCUAUAGAGCGAACAUGCGAGUUCCUGAUGUUUUUUUCACGAACUCUAUUUCGAUACACUUGAGGAGCAGAUGUCAUGCAAUUCGCCUGUUUCGAGAGGUGCCCGGGAAGUAAAGAAGCUCGCGCUGUGAAAGUGGGGAUUUUCUUGUGCGAAAGGGUCGCCAGCUUUCCAAUUUACACCUGGUGCUGGAGUUAAGUUUGCAGCUCUUAGAGACAUAUGGGCACAAGCGUAGGUACAGCAGAAUAUUUUAGAGAAAAGUAACGCCGCAAACAUAUAAAAAGUAGCCAACAUUCAUAACUUCUAGCGCAAUUUUUAUACCUCCAUAAUGCAAUUACCGGUGUUGUACAUGCAAAGUGCAGCUGUAUUGUUUCCAGCUGCAAUUUUCCGAACCAAAAGUUGCGUGAACACCGGUUUUUUAUGCAUGAGUCGACUUCGCGUGAUUAGUCCCGUCCGAUGGUAAACGGUAUUUUCCCAAUAUGCUGUGAUUUUUAUGUGAUUCGAUGUUUAUGUUGUGCAGCUAAGCUGAUGUCCAUCCUUUGUUAUGAUACACUAAAUGAUAAACUAAAUUUUAUUACCGCAUAACAUUGCGUAGUGGAAAACACGUGAAGCCAAGGAGUAAUAUUUGGCAUAGGGUAAAUCCGCAAACUGUGCCCGAUCGUGCUAAUUCACUACAAUAUGGCAUAACGCCGCUUUUACUCAUGACCACCACACGACGCCACUGUGGCCGCUAGGCAUAUGGCCGCGGCUGACAUCCAACGGAGUGAAAUUACCGGUUAAAAGUACUGUGAUAUCCUUGGUGGUUAGUCCAAGUUACGUCCAAAGGUCUAGAUCUUCGGAAUGACACUGCUCCACCCUCUCAUAUGUGUCUUGCGUCCCCAUAUGUGAACCCAAAGUCUCCCAACAAGCCGUCAAAGGCAUGAAAAACUGAAACAACCACCAGAGUAUUCUGGAAAAUGUGGUCUCCGUCCUGUGACCCCAAUAAAUUCAAUGAAGCCCUGUCCCGACGUAAGUGAUGUGUUACGCGUGCCAGAAUGUCGUAUGUUGGUGUUCGAUCGCAUUAAAUUGUGAGAACAGUGCGCUCUUUGUGAAAUAGAAAAUCACGUAUGGAACACAGUUGGACAAAAAUAAUUUGUGCGGGAAUAACACCAAAUGAAUAAGGCAUCCUCAAUAUAUUUUAUCUCUGCUCGUUGAAGGAACAUUGCGUGUCAGCUGCACAGGGUGCACCAGGUUUUUUUGUCAUGCCGCCAAGAAGACUAAGUUGGAAAUGGCGUGGAAAGGUCCUGCAGAAGAUGUUGGGUGUUCAUUACGCCUCAAUAAGCACACCCGCUUCCGGAGCCACAUAUCAGCCGGCUUCUGGAAUCUGGCUGCCUUGCACCGUUGCAGGCAGUGAAGUAGUCAGGGGGCGAUGAGGCAAAACCUUUGGAGACCCGGUGUUCUGGUCAACAGUCCCUUACUUUAGAAAGCCUCGAAAUAAAACGACGAAAAGAAGUAGAGGCAUUCGGUUCAGAAGAGUCGUUUUAAUUGUUCUGAUUUUGGGAGGAUGGGGGUGAUGGGUGUGCACUCAUCACCCUUCGACACGGCGCUGGCUCCGCCGCGGCCAGCAGCCGCCGUAGUCGGGCCGGCGGUCGUGCCGACGGUCUGCUGACGUCAUCAGCAGCCAGCGAACUGCCCGGCUUAUCGCCCGACUUCCCGCAACCAGACGCGUUGGACCGCGACGUCCCGGACGGCGCCGCAGUCCGCCGACUCCCGCCGACGCGGCGUCCCGAGUAGCCGGAGACGCCCACUGCAGCGACGCGUAAACCAGGAACCGGUCCGUUCACCGAGGAGAGCGGCCGCCGAGGGCGACAGGUGGUGUGGGUCUUUUCUGGUGAGUCGAAAGUGAGUGGUGAGUUUCUUGGGCUGGAAGGACUUCUCGUGACUUGAAAGCUUGGAUCUCGGCUCUUGGAGGGAAGGAAGAACCCACUUCCCACGCUCACGGCGUUCCACCGUUCACAAAGUUCAACCUUGCCUCACUGGAAUCGAGCCGUCGAGCAUGUCAGGUGAUGCCACCAUCAAAUGUGUCCUGGUGGGCGACGACCGGGCCGGAAAGACGUCGCUACUCCACACGUUCGCCGACGGUCGGCGACCAUCGCUGCCGCCAGAGAGCCUCUGCAGCCUGCCCCAGAUGGUGCACGUGACGCUGUACCACAUGAACACAGCGUAUGACCUGCAGCUGGUGGACACGGCCGGUGGCACGGCGCAGCUGCGCUCGCGCCUCACCGCCUACUCUGCCUACCGGGACGCCGGCGUAGUGGUGCUGUGUGCUGACCUAACUGAGCCGGCCGCCUGGCCGCGUCUCGAGGCCGACUGGCGCGUCGAGCUGGAGCAGUACGCUUCGCGCGCGCCGUUCCUGCUGGUCGGCACCAAGGCCGAGGCGCGCGACGACCAUCCAGUGCAGCACGGUGACGGGCGCCGGCGUGGGCGUGCCGUGUUCGACGCGGCGCUGGAGGCGGCCCUGCAUCCGGAGCGACGGCUGGCGGCUCGGCCGCUCAGCGUGCGCGAUCUCUGGGACAAGAUUACCACUUGGUGA